CACCUUACCCCCCCACCGAGCCCUGUAACCAAUGGCAACCUCAGUCCAAACACUUCCUCUGACCCGUGGCCCCAAAAAAACCUUCCGUAACCCGCUGCCCCUCUCGUCCCGUUGCGGCAUGGGAAGUGUAGGCAGUCUGGUGGAGAGGCCGGACCUGUCUCCGACUAAAAGCAGCUGUGCAGUUCCACAGGUGAGACCCAAGCAGACCAACGGCCUCCUGAAGAAAGGCUUCACCCAGAGAGAGCUGCUCAACUACCUCAACAUCACCAGGAGAGAGCCUAAAGCAGGCGCUGACGGGAAGAAGGACGUUAUCCCUGGCCGUGAGGAGGACAACUUAUACGCCAAGGUGUACCAUAAAGACGGCACAGAAAUAGAUUUGACUAAGAACUCCCUGCCAAGUGCGGGCAAGUAUGAAAAGGCUCGAUUAAGAUCUGCCUUCAAGCCUGUCACACCGAAAAACUUCAGCUCCAUGCAAAACCUCUAUCCCUCUUCCAAAUCUGAGGAUGUGGACCAUGGCCUUUCCAAUGGGCUGCACAGGUCUUACGCCCAUGUCCCCAAAGCUGUCUCCACCUCCUCCUCCUCUUCCUCACCCUCCCGCCAUGGAGCACCAACAUCCAGUGGUAACAAGGCCAUCUCCUCGGUGCGUGGGAUUAGCCAGGAGGAUGAUAAUCUGUCAGACUCGGGCCAUAACUCCAUGAACAGCCUGCCGCCAUACCGGCCUCCUUUCCGCCCACACCUGUCUCACAUCAGCGCAUCUAUGGGACACAUCAACACCAUCAGCUCCCUGGACCGCACCUCUCUGGGCCAGAAGGGUGUCGGGCCAGGGGGCGUGGCCAUAGGAGAGAUGGCCUCUCGGAGCAUGGCCACCCUGAGCCGUCUGGCUCCAUAUGGAGGAGAGGCUCCUCCUCCUUAUGAAUGGACUCUCUCCCUGUCCGUGGAGGAAGUGGUCCGUGAUCUGGAAGAGCGGCUGGUGGAGAAAGAGCACGAGCUGAAACAGAUGAAGAGAAACCUAGAUGAGAGUGAGGGCGCCAUCGCCCAGGUUUUCGAAGGGAAACAGCGUCUGUGGGAGAAGGAGGUGGACGAGCUGAAACACCUGUAUGCUGCCAAGCUGCGCCAGGUUUCCCAGCAUGCCCAGCGCUCUCAGCGCACCUUGCAGUUGCAGCUGUUUAAGGCCCAGCAGGAGAAGAACCGACUGCAAGAGGAGCUCGACAGCCGGAACAGAGAAAGGAGCCAGGAGGCUGGAGCCAUGGUGACGAGAACCAGUCCCACUCUGGAGGAGACGCAGUGGGAGGUUUGCCAGAAGUCAGGGGAGAUCUCCCUGCUGAAGCAGCAGCUGAGGGACUCCCAGGCGGAGGUGACCCAGAAGCUGAGUGAGAUCUUCCAGCUGAAGACGCAGCUCAGGGAGACGCGCACAGAUCUGCGCAACAAAGAGGGCCAGAUGGAUGCACUGAAGCUGGUCCUGCAGGGGACGCAGCGCCGCAGGUGCUCCUCUCAGCCUGCACAUGAGGACGGAAAAGGAGCGGAGGAGAAUCCUUCAGCUGGGGCAACAGGAGUCUGCGGGGGCCCCACAGAGGAGCGUCUGCGCGCAGAGCUCCUGCUGGAGAGACGCCAGAGCGAGGGCCAGGCCAUGGCUUUCGAAGAAGAGAGGCAGACAUGGCAGACAGAAAAGGACAAGGUCAUCCGCUACCAGAAGGAGCUGCAGGCCAGCUACUUAGAGAUGUACUACCGCAACGAAGCGCUGGAGAAGGAGCUGCACCAGCUGAGGGCAGGCAGAGAGCAAGAGGGAGCAGGAGGAGCAGGAGGAGCAGAAGGAGCAGGAGGAGCAGGAGGAGCAGGAGGAGGCAGCAGAAAUGGGACACUGGAAAGAGAAGUGCCAGAGCUGAGGAGUGAGAGAGAGGCUGAAAAACAAGACAACAGACCUUCCUCUGGUUUGCCGUGGAUAGACAGAAUUGAAUCAUCUGAAAUUUGAAUGUGCCAGACUAACCGGUCUGGCAGUGUGGUUUCUACAGGAGUCCAUGUGCCUGCCAGGAAAAGGGAAAAUAAAUAGUUAACCAAAUUGUGAGGAAAGUAAACCUUUUUGACCCACUAAGCAAACAUUUGAUGGAAUUCAUUUUUGACAGGUUUAAAGAUUCCUAGUUGGUAAAUGACUAGAUUUAAUAACUAGUUUAAAUGCUUUAUUCAAAUCAUUUUUUCAACAAAAUGAUGCGGUCCAAGCUCAAAUUCUUGAUUUACUAUUUAAAGUAUUUCAAAAUGUCAAUUUGUUGAUACAUUAACUCAGGUCUAAGAUAAUAAUAUAUCAAAGUCUGACUUAAUAUCUCAUCAAUCUGACUUUGAUUUGAAAUGUAAUCAUACAUUUCUUUUUAUAUUUUCUCCUUCUUUUCCUGGCAAAAAAGGGCUUCCAUAGUUUGCGGUCUGUUGGCCAUUCUAUGCUUAUUAAUCCUUGUUGGUUUUAAUAAAGCCCUAAUCCUGUAAAGACUGAACCAAAAAUCUCCAACAGAGCGCACUAAAGCCAGGGGUCGCUGCACAGAAAUGGAGGAUUGGUGUCAAUGUUGUAAAAAGAACACAGCCUGCUAUCCAACAACAAACCUGUAAAUGAGCAAACUGAUAUCCUGUUUGUUAUGUUCAUUUGGAAAUUACAUUUUGGUUUGGACUGCUGUAUAGUCUAUUCAGUAACAAAGGGAUUUAGUUUGGCCCAGUAACAUUUCAGCAGCACAUGUUGAGUGUGUGCAGAAGGUGGAUUCACCUGGGCUCUGUGAGAGAAGCUGCAUCUCUGGGUUAAGUAUCAAGGAUUAAAGUGAUCUAGUGGAACUUUUUCUCAUUCACCUUCCAGCUCCUGUCAGGUGAGUUCUAUAUAUUUUGUACAUAAUGAAAUUUGUUUUGGCCUUUUUUCAUUGUAUUUCCAGCACACUGCUGUCUUAAAUGGGCACAUUUUGAUAUCGUCUUUUGAUUGCAAUGAAAGCGAUCAACAGAUAAGGAAGCUGAACACGACUGCCCUGCUUGGUGCCAUUUGUUGCACAUCCCCAGCCAAUAACAACCAAAUGCAUGACACAGGUGAUGUUGUUCUCUUGUAUUAUUCAUUUAUGAACAUUCAAAAGCCAGCUGUCAACCAACCUUUCAACAUACUGUGACUCUUGUCUAUUUACUGGAAUUAAAACUGUACAGUAUAAAUGUAUAUGUUUGUUUUUGGAUUCAUAAUAAACAUGUAUG